CGGGGAACCCGAACUUUUCUCUCCUCUCUCUUGUCCAUCACAUCACGCACCCUUUGAUACCCUCCCACUCCCUCUCGGUCAAACAACUGAUUCAAGAUGGCAUUCGGAAAGCUCUUCACCUACCCGGCUAACCCCCGCACCACGGCCAUUCGCGCUGUCGCGAAGGCCAACAACGUCGACCUCGAGUUCAUCGAGGCUGACCCUACCAAGCCCUCCGUUGAGCACCUCAAGGCCAACAAGCUCGGCAAGGUCCCCGCCUUCCUCGGCGAGGAUGGCUACCCUCUCUCCGAGUGCAUCGCCAUUGCCAUCUACAUCACCUCCCAGAACGAGAAGACCACCCUCCUCGGAAAGACCAAGCAGGACUACGCCUCCAUUCUCAAGUGGAUGUCCUUCGUGAACUCCGAGGUCCUCCCCCCCAUGGGCGCCUGGUACCGCCCUCUCCUUGGCAAGGACUCCUACAACAAGAAGGCCGUUGAGGACUCCUCCAAGGUCGCUCUCAAGGCCGUCAAGGUCAUUGAGGAGCACCUUCUCAGCAACACCUACCUCGUUGGCGAGCGCAUCACUCUCGCUGACCUCUUCGCCGCCGGCAUUAUUGCCCGUGGCUUCGAGUUCUUCUUCGACAAGGCGUGGCGCGCGGAGAACCCCAACGUCACCCGUUGGUACUCUACCAUCAUCAACCAGGAUAUCUGGACCGCCGUUACCGAGAAGCAGGAGUUCCUCGAGACUCCCAAGCUGACCAACGUCGCUCCCAAGAAGCCUGAGCAGCCCAAGAAGGAGGCUGCCCCCAAGGCCGCUAAGCCUGCCCCCGCUCCCGCUGCCGAGGAGGCUCCCGCCGCCCCUAAGCCCAAGCACCCCCUCGCUGAGCUCCCCCGCGCCACCUUCGACCUCGAGGAGUGGAAGCGCCAGUACUCUAACAUCAAGAACCACGAUGAGGCCAUGCAGUGGUUCUGGGACAACGUCAACCUCGAGGAGUUCUCUCUCUGGAAGGUCAAGUACAAGUACAACGACGAGCUCACCAUGACCUUCAUGUCCAACAACCUCAUUGGCGGCUUCAACAACCGUCUUGAGGGUUCCCGCAAGUUCAUCUUCGGAUGCGCUGCCGUCUACGGCACCAACAACGACUCCGUCAUCGAGGGUGCCUUCGUCAUCCGCGGCCAGGACUACAAGCCCGCUUUCGAUGUCGCUCCCGACUACGAGAGCUACGAGUUCGAGAAGCUCGAUGCUUCCGCCCCCGAGACCAAGAAGUUCGUCUCGGACUCUUGGGGAUGGGAGGCUCCCAUCACCCACAACGGCAAGGAGUACCCCGUUGCCGACGGCAAGGUCUUCAAAUAAGCGCAUCGCUCAAUGGAGUGAUCCAAAAUUCAUGGCUUAUGGCAGAGAUGAAAUGAGUUUACGAAUCGGCAAGGAGGGUGUGCAGAUGAUGUUAUGGACCCGAAGAGGAAUAUCCUGUGCGUAAUGCCCGAGGCUGUGUGCCAAGUUACUAGGUCUGAGUCACUAGGACGAGGCAGAAGAUGCAGGUUGUUCCUGAUCAAAACCAAAAGAACACUUUUCCAAUUUCA